AUGACUUGGGCGAGAACUAAUACCUUCCUCAAAGGAAGGAUUUUGAAACCGUUUUUACCGAAUGAAAGACACCCUCAUUUAAGAAGUCCCCAUUUUAAGAAUUUGUACCCUGGUGAUCAAGUAUUCAUUUUUGACGUUAAAGAUGAUAAAUGGGCAAGAGGAUAUGCAAUCCUGAAGCCAUGGCCAAAUGAAUACAUUGCCACUUCAUGCAAUUUGGAUGAGUUACCUGUUCAAAACAGUGAGGUUGUGAUUUUCCCAUUAGAGUUUGUUAAGAUAACUGGUGAAUUACCAUUCCCAGAAUUGGAAGUGAAUGAAGAUUUCAACAAUAUUGUGGAUGCAUCUGCUGUGCCCACUAUCGCUGACUCUGAAAAAAAUCACAGGGAAGCGACUGAUGGUGUGCAGGAACAUACGGCUCCAAGUGUCCCACCCCUUCCUACUAAUAUCAAUUCUGUUGAUAAUUUGAGCGAUGAAAUCAUGUACACUUUGGAAUUGCUUACUUCGCAUAUCUUUGCAUUGUAUUCCAUGGGGGAGUUUAGGCUUUUCACAAAGUUGGUGCUGAUCUAUCACGCUUUAAAUGAGACGAGAAUCAAAUUGUUGUAUGACUUAUUGACUGAAGAUGAGGCGCAAGUUGCCAAAGAAACCGUUGUCUUCUUGUUCAACAAGAUUCCGAAAUUGCUUGCAUCAAAGACUGUUAGAAUUAAUACAAAAUCAUAUGAUUUAGAGAAUGAGGGCACCGACGUUUCGGGAUACAAGUCAAUUUUAGCCAGAGACGCUUACGAUGGUCGAAUCCUUCAUUGGGGCAAUGCUACCCCAGCAAGAAUUGCUUUGAAUAGUGAAUUGGGAGCUCUCGAUCCGAAUUUCCCAAUCAAGGUUCACAACUACGCUGACAAGUACUCUUUAAAGCCUCCAUUGGGCAAGAACUUCAGUCAUGAGCCACCGUCUCAUAUUUUGGUUGAUUUUAAGUCGGUUUCGGGCUCCUCUGCUUACCAACCUCCGGGGUUUGCUGGUACUAUUGCGUACAUGUACCUUCGUAACUCUCACAAGCGUUUGACAGAGGCUUUCGCUGUGCACACCGACUCUGUUGACGAUUUGGUCAAUGUGGAAAAGAUUAGUGCCGCUUUAUUCAGAAAUGUGCCUUCAAGUGAGAUUGUCAACAACAAAGUUUUUCUCGUCACAGUUUUGACAGAAGAGGUUGAUUUGAACUUGAAAAAUCCUCAAGCCCCUCUGGUGAAAAGAGUUAAACGUGGUAUUGCGGCAGGAGUUGCAGACAUUACGAGAAUUUUUUCUCGCAACACGGGAUCAUUAGAGUCGGGUGAAGCUCAUCACUUUUCAAUCAAAUUAUAUGGAUCGUACAUGAAUAAACGGGGUGAUUCUGCUGAUGGCGUCGAGAACAAUGGCUGGGGUGAGCUAGUUGAUAGGAUUAUCGCGGGCACGAGUCACGGUAUCGCUGUCAAUCCAAGAGCAGAAAAACUUGUCGUGACUGUGAAGGAGUUUAAGCACCAGUUCAGUGCCUCCAACUCCGACAUGAUUUCAAGCUCCACACCUAUUGCUAGAAUCAAACCAAUCUUUUUCGAUCCAUUAGCUGAGAAUUAUGAGCGUAUUUACUUGAAAAUGAACAAGGUUCAUUUGAUCAAAGGGGGAUCAAAAGACGACUUGUUAACUUUUGAGAUUAGUACCCCCAAUAACGAACUCAUCACAUUUGCCAAGGCUUCUAAUCAAUUGGAGAAAAAACACUGGCAAUUUAUUUCUGUAUUCUCCGGGGAAUCGAUUGGUGAAAUUGUCAAGGUCAAUGGUGUUUCUUUGAAAAGCCCAACUAAGAAGCCGUUACGUGAUGAUUACAUCUUGUUAUCGUUGUACAUCAAUGGUAUCUUGGCUGGUGAAGGCAAGCUUUUGUAUAAAUCUGGCAACAGAUUGGUUGAGUUUAACAAAGCAAAACCUCAUAUUGUUGAAAUCAUCUCCACUUCUCAAAACGCACCAAUAGCUCGAGUCGAACUCAAUACGGAGUAUGUCGGAAAAGUUUACAACUCCGAUAUUUCAAUUGAUAACAUUUUUCAAUACGAAAAGUACUUCAAGUUGGGACAAAAGGGUCUUGAUGAGUUGUCGAAUUCAUUGGUGGUUUUCUGCAAAUUAGAGCUUUCUCAGUUACUCAAGUAUUUCAGUGAACUUUUUUCAUCAUUGCUUGGAAUUGUGGAGAAUGCCUCUCAACAUAGUGGACUGACAAUCGAAAUUUUAGAAGACAAUACCUUCAAGGCAAUCACUCACUUAUUGGAUACGUUAUUUGGAAAACAGGAUGAAUAUUUCCAUUUAAUCGAUGAUUUCAUGUCAAAGCACGUGUAUAACGAGCAAGUGGGUAUCUUUUUGAUAAACAAAGUGAGCGAGUUAUUUGGAAGGGCUACGGUCAAUUGGAACUCAGUGGCAAGAUCAAUGUGCCGAGUUAGUGCAAUUUUGUUGAGAGUAGCAUUGAAGACUCUUCAGCAAAGCAGUGAAUUGGAUGUCACACUCAAUGCGUUAAAUGGCUUAUUUAUGUCAGUUGAGAAAUUUCUUUCCGUUAAUUCACCCAUCUUGGUUGACGACCAAGUGUUGGUUUUGGACAGUCUCGAUUAUCUCAUCAGUUUGAAAUCACGCAUGGAAGAUGGCGAUGUUUUGAAUAUGCUGAUCAGGUUUAUCGACUCUAUUGGUCUUCGUGGAAUGGGAGCUGACGAAUUAAAUUAUGACGGAACCAUCAAGAAGGCAACCAAGGAACACAAGAUUCCAAUUAGUAAACUUCUUUUGGUUUUGAGAUUGCUCAACGGGCCGCUUGUUGAAAAUGAGCAUGUAAGGCAUGUAUUGAUUGGAAAAUCAAUGCAGUGGGCAGUGGAUACAUUCCUUGGUCCAAUGGAUGUCGAGGCUACCAGAUUGGGAUGCAGUAUUCUCAACAGAGUUUGCACAAUCUUGUGGGAGAAAUCGUUGCCAUUUGGCAAAGAUUUAGAUUUGUGCUUCUCGUUAGCCAAAUUUUUACCAGCAAUGGCACGUACAUUCAUUAGGUACAACAAGUUUACCAGAGGAAACAGUUUCUUUAAACCAAAACGUAUUCUUACGCAAUUAUUUCCCACUACUUAUCCAUUCAACUCGUUCACCAUUGACCAAUCUGUUAAUGAUGAGCUGUUGGUUGAAGUUUUAGUUGAAUUGGCCGCUUGUUUCUCUUUUAUGGCAAAAAUCGGAAAAGCUUCUGCUGGAAACGAAGGAUAUAGCAGAAUUUUGAAUACCAAAAUUGAUGGAGAUGUUUUCGAUUCAAACAAGUAUUUGGCGGCUGAUUUCCAUGGUGAGGAUCUUUUGACAAUCAUAUCAGGAAUCAGGUAUAUUAGAUUGGGGAAGUAUUUCCCCGAAGAUAAAUGGCUUUCAUUGUAUGCGAUAAUUGUCGAUGGGUCCAUGUGCGCUUUGGAAUUAAUAAGACCAUUAAUUGUCUCCUAUCAGUUACCGCCAAUUGAAGAGUCGGAACAUUUUGACAGGGUAUUAUGGGGUAACUAUUUGAAAGCGUUGUUGAGAUUGGCAGUCUUGCCACCAGUUGCAGUUGAGCAUUUGUCCAAUGUCCCAGGUAAAGCAUGCUGGGAGAUUACUCGUGACGUGCGGGAUAGGGCAGCAUUUCUAGUCAAUGAAGCGUGGGAUGCACUAGCAUGGCAAGCGACAGAGUCGGAUAUUAUAAGAUUCAACUUAAACAAAUUUGGAGGUUACCAAGUUGAGUUUAUCAAUGACGAAUUCAGUUUGAUUUCGGAAUUGAUGAUGUUUGGACUUCAAAGAAAUGAAGAAUGUCAAUCUGUUGCUGUCAAGAUGGUAUGGACUAUAAUGGUAUCUGAAUUUAUAUUGAGUGGCGGUUUGAAUGAAGUCGAAAAGCAAUGCCUCAUAGGACUUUACGAGGUAUAUCAGAAAGCUUCUUACAAACCUUCUAGAGAGGACCAAGAUAAUUUUAUCAAUAGAAUGAAGGCAACCAUUAGAUUGGAUAGGGAAGACGAAGCUUUUGGAAUUUUUUAUCAAUUCAUUCAGAACCUUACUGCUUUCUGCUCAACAUUAAACUAUUACACAAGUGUACCAGUUGCACCAGAAUUCGACGAAGAUAGAAGAUUCCACAACAUCAAGUUGAGAGCACAAAUCAAAGCAGCAGGUAAACCAGAAUAUUUUAAUUCCUUUAUUGGUACCAUGUACGAUGAUUAUGUUCGUGUUAAUGACUUUGUGCAAGCGGCUUUGAGUUUGGAAUUGUUGGCAUCAACGUAUACUUGGGACCACAAGGAAAUUGUUCCUGCUAGUUUCAGACCCAAAUUUCCUCAACAAACCUCGUUUGAGAGAAAGGAGCUUUUGUUUAAAAUGAUGGCAACUAACUUUAUUAAGGGUAAAAGUCUUGAAAAGGCGGCAGAUACGUAUAAUGAGUUGUUGGAUGCUUAUAAUGAGCACACGUAUGAUUUGAAAAGUUUUGCUUAUGUGCAUAACAAAUUAGCCCAACUUUACUUGGACUUGGAGUCAUCAGAUAAGUUAGAGCCAUCAUAUUUCCGUGUUGAAGCUAUUGGAACCGGGUUCCCGUAUUACAUGAGGGUUAUUUCACAGAUUUAUCAAGGGUUGCCGUUUGAGCACAUUACAUCUAUUCAUGAGCGUUUGUUGAAAGUUUUCCCCGGAGCAAUCAUGAUUAAUGAUGAUGCAGAGGCGCAAAAAUUGAAAGAGGAUAAUGUGACCGGAAGGUAUCUAUUGGUGAAGGCGGUUGAACCGGUUUAUGAGUUUUCUGAUAAACUUUUCAAUACAUCAUUUGGUGUUAGGCAGUAUGCGAGAAACAAAGAUUUGAAGUUUUUCAAAAGUUUGACAAAGAUCCCUGGUUCUACUUCGGUGUUUGACUUGUGGACAGACCAAACUACUUAUGAAUCUUGGUUAAGUUUCCCAACGUUAAUGAAUCGAAGUUUUAUCAAGACUUCGGAAACUGUUAGGUUAUCACCGUUGGAUAAUGCUAUUCAAACCAUUACUAAGAAGAAUGACGACUUGAUUUUGUUGGAGAAUUUGAUAAACACCGCUAUAAAGGACAAGACCGAUUACCUGUCUCAUUUCAGCGACUUAUCGAGACAAUUGAGUGGAACAGUUGAUUCACCUGUUAAUGGAGGUAUUGGACAAUACAGGUUGUUUUUCACUGAUCCAAGAUAUCAAGACAAGGCUGAAAAUAUCAAUAAGGCGGAGUUGCUCAGCAAGGCUUUCAAAGAUAUGGCUAUUGUAUUGAGUCGUUGUUUAGCCCUUCACGGAAGAUUAUGUCCACCGUCGAUGAUAUCGUCCCAUGAAGCAUUGGUUGAGUUAUUUGAAAAGAAUUUCAAGGAGGAAAUUGAUAGUUUGAAAUUGGGAGCUAAUCAAAACGAAGUUGCAUCAUCUAAAGUGUCGCUUUUCCAUAGCAAAAGAUCAGAUGCCUCCACCUUCAAUGAUAGGUCUUCUUUCCACAGUUCAAAUCAAUACCAACCGUCCUCAGCUAGUGCUUCCAUCACUGGAGCCAGAUUGGAGAGAUCGAACACUCAGAACUCUUCACAUUCUAAUCGGUCUGACCAGAAAUCAAACCACUCAUCUGGGUUCACUAGUGGAGUGGUUUCUACUCAAAAUAGUGGUGCAUCAUUUUCUCAAUUUUCAGGAUUAACUGGAAGGAAAAGCGUUGCAUCAAGUGCACAAACCAACAGAAACGCUCCUAAAAAAGUUACUGCCCUCAAUGGAAGAUGGUAA